AUGUUACUGGCAGUAUGGACGGCUGGAUGUGGUGGCUGUGCUGACACAAGCACAUCUAUCACAUCCAGAAAACGUGUGUCGGCACAGUCACCGCCUCCACCACCACCGCCUCUACCACCAACACCUCCAUCGCCAACGCCGUCGCCACCGCCGCCGCCGCCGCCAUCACUGCCACCAAUAAUUUUGGCGGAAAUACCGCAUUAUAGAAGCGGCCAGCGUAUGCCGGCGCCAUUUAUGGAAUACGCGCAUACUUUUGAUACUUAUCAUUCUGCGCAGACGCAGAUUGGAUAUCGUGCGCCGCGACAACGACCACCGCCACCGCUAGUAACGCACAAGCCCACUCAGGUGUACAACCCUCCGCCGGCCGCCCAAGUAUACAAUCCUCCGCCGGCCGCUCAAGUGCACAAUCCUCCGCAGCCCACUCAGGUGUACCACACUCCGUCGACCGCCCAAGUGCACAAUUCUCUGCAGCCCACUCAGGUGUACAACACUCCGCCGGCCGCCCAAGUAUACAAUCCUCCGCCGGCCGCUCAAGUGCACAAUCCUCCUCAGUCCACUCAGAUGUACAACCCUCCGCCGACCGCCCAAGUGUACAAUCCUCCGCAGGCCACUGAGGUCUACGACUCUCCGCCGGCCACCCAAGUGUACAAUUCCGCCGCCGGCGACCCAGGCGUUCAAUCCGCCACCGACUGUUAAAGGAUGUAAUCCUCACCGGCUACUUAAGUCAACAAUUGAUGUACUUGAAAAAGGUCAUUAUGUAGCAGAAAUGUCAUGCUAACAUCUCGGU